AUGAAUCAUUCAAUAAUUAAAGAUAUUGAUGAAUUUAUAAAUUAUCAAAUAAAUGAUAAAUCAAUACCAUGUAUUUCAGUAACAAUAGUAGAUAAAAACAAUAGUUUAUUUAAAAAAGUUUAUAAUCAUAAAGAUAUAAAAACACCAAUACCAACAUUGGAUAAAAGUUUAUUUAGAGUUGCAUCAGUAUCAAAAUUAUUUACAUAUGUAGGUCUUUUAAAACUUGUAGAUAAGAAUUUAAUAUCAUUAGAUGACCCAAUCACAAAAUAUAUUCCAAAUUUCUCUUCUAAAAAUCCACAUUUUCAAUAUGAUGAUCAAGAUGAUGAAGAUCAUUAUAAAAAAAUAACAAUAUUUAAUUUAAUAAGACAUACUUCAGGAUUAAUUAGAGAACCAAUAGAAGGUAAUUAUUUUAAUGAAACUCAGUGUGAUUUAAUUAAAUUAGUCGAAACAAUGGAUAAAUCAAAUUUAAUUACAAAACCAAGUAAAGAAUACAAAUAUUCAAAUGCUGCAGUUGCAAUUGCUGGGUAUAUUAUUCAAGUAGUUUGUGGUAUUACCUUUGAAGACUAUAUCGAAAAAGAAAUUUUAGUACCAUUGGGUAUGACAAGUAGUUCAUUUAAAAAUAUUAAUUCAGAAACUAAAGUCACCGAUGAAAACAAACUACAUACAGCUGUUGGUCAUAUGUGGAGAUAUUGGGAUGAAACUACAAAUGAUUUAUCAGUCUAUACAGAAGCACCUUUAACCCACUUUGGUAUGAAUCCUGCUUGUGGUUUACGUACAACCAUCAAUGAUAUAGAAAAGUUUCUUCAAUUCUUUUUGAAUCAAGGUGAACCAUUAUUAAAGAAAUCUACAUUUAUGCAAUUUAUAAGUGGUCAACCUUUAGACAAACCAAUUAUAGUAGAGGAUCCAUUUGAUUAUAAUCCAACAUAUAGUCAUGGUAUUGGAAUUGAAUUAAAUGAAAUGUUUAAUUAUCUAUUGGCUCGCCAUGGCGGUGCUAUAAAUGGUUUUGCAAGUGAUUUUAGAGUUUUACCAGAAUUAGGUUUAGGUGUUUUCACAGUUUCCACUUUAGAUCUUUGUAAUUCCAUAUCACAACAAGUAUCAGAGUAUUUAAUAUUACAAGUCGCACCCAAAUAUUUACAAUCAUCGCACAUUCCAAUUAAAAAGUAUGGUAAAGAUUCAAUUGAAGAAAAAAUUAAAACAAGAAGAAAUUUUUUAAAGAAUACAAUGUCAGCUGUCGAUAUUAAUGAUAGUCUCUAUGAUAAUAUAAAAGGCUAUUGGUAUCUUGAAUCUAACGAUGAAAAAGAUGAUUAUAAUGACUCUAACUAUAUGGAAAUAUUAAAAUCAUACAAUGGAACCGUUUAUUGUAAAUUUUCCAUUCAAGCUAAAUUAAGAAUGUUAAAUUCAAUUGAUAGUGAUGGCAAAGAAAUUACACAAAUUAUUACAAGUGAUAGAACGUCAUGCAAUCAAAUAUUACUUUCAAUUCCAAAAGACUAUAAUUUCAAAGACUAUGAUUCAAAUCCAUUAAAGAUAUUCAAUUUUUUAGUUAGAGAUACUUUUCAAGCACAACAUGACUUAAAAUACUCAAAGUAUGAACCAUUACCAACUAGAGAAGAGAUUUCAAUACCACCACCAGAAGAACCAUUCAAAGAAUUAUGUGGAAUGUAUUUAGCAAAAGAUCAUAUGGCACUUAUUUUUGAAGAUAAUGGUUGUUUAAAUAUAAAUAUAGAAUGGAUAUUUAUUAGUAAAAUGUCAUUUCAUUCAGCACAGCAAAGUGGAUCAUUUUCAAUAUGCAAAUUUUUAUUAUCACCAAAAUCAAUUUAUAAUAAUGAAAUGGUUACCAUUAUAAUGAAAGAUGGAACUCCAACUCAUUUAGAAUUAUCGGGUAUACCAUUCAAUUAUAAAAUGAUCUCAACUAAUCAACAUCAACAGGGUGUCUAUCCAAUAGAGAAAUGUAAACAAGUUUUAGAAGAAUCAUUAAGUAUUCCAUUCCCAUUCGAUAGUGAAGUCCAUAAAAAUCAUAAUCUUGUCGAUCUUUCAACCAUUUCAAAUACAAUAAAGUUUGAUAUCAAAUAUGCAAGUACUGAUAAUUUUGUUGGAAUCAAAUUAUAUCCAGAAGCAAAAGCAUUUUUAAACCGUGAAGCUGCAGAGUCACUAUUAAAAGCUCAUAAUUGGUUGGUAGAUAAUUGGAAUGUUGGUAUUAUAGUAUUCGAUAGUUAUAGACCAUGGAAUGUAACCUGGGCUUUUUCAAAUUCAGUGGCACCAGAGUUUAGAGGACUAUAUGUUGCAAACCCAGCAAGAGGAUCAGUCCAUAAUCGUGGUGGUGCAUUAGAUAUCUCGUUAUAUGAUUUAUCAAAUGGUAAAACUAUCGAAAUGCCUGGUAAUUUUGACGAAUUUAGUAUUCGUUCACAUAGAAGUUAUAUUGGGGGUACAUCUCGUCAACGUUGGUUUAAAAAAUUAUUAACAAUUGCUUUAAUGAAUAAUAAUUUUAAACCUUAUGAAUUUGAAUGGUGGCAUUUUGACUUUAAAAAACAAUUGCCAGUUUUAAAUUUAAAAUUUAACGAAAUCAAAUAA